AUGUACUUCGACACUAUAGCCAAUUUGCGACCAUCGAUACGCACGUUAACACUUUUGGGACUCUGGCCCGUCAAAAAUGGCACUGGCGCAAAGUUCGAGCAAUAUUAUCGAUAUUAUCAGCUUUUAUUACAAGUUUCAUUCACUUUCAUUCUUGCCACGCUUAUGUGGCUGGAGGUAAUUUUUAUUCAAAAUAUGGAGUAUGCCAGCGAAGUAUUGAAGAUUGCACUUUCUGAAACGGUUGUUGUCCUAAAAGUUCUCAACAUUUGGCGUUUUGCACCUAAUGCGGCAAAGUUGCUGCAUGAAUGGGAGCAGAGUGAAUUUUUCGUGCCUCGCACGCCACAAGAACAAUUAAUGUGGCGACGUGCGCAAAACGCUUACAAAAAAGUAUUGGCUUUUUAUAGGAUUUGGAGCAUAAUUUGCGUGCUUUUAGCUUUCCUGUCAGUUGUUUUCAUGGAGACACCUCAGCUACCAGUUCCGUAUUGGAUUCCAGUCAAAAAAUGGCGAGAAGGCAAUGGCUGGCCGUUAUAUUUGUAUGAUUUCGUGGCGGUGAUAUUCACUUGUUGUUGCAAUAUUGAAAUAGAUUCUUUACAAUGUUAUUAUCUAUUGCAUUUAACACUUUGUUUGCGGCUCAUCGGUNGAAAUUAA